AUGGUUGACGCAGAAAACAGACCGUCCGAGGCCUCCACGGCCAAGCUGAAGAGCUACACUGAGGAGCAAGAUGGGGAUAAUACUUACCGGACGAGCGAGUCGAGACGGCAGAUCGGUCUUACAUCUGCGGUGUUUCUCAUCUUCAACCGUAUGAUAGGCACCGGGAUCUUUGCCACGCCCAGUGCGAUCUUCUCUCUGUCAGGCAGCGUCGGACUCAGCCUCAUCAUCUGGGUUGCGGGAAUGCUCAUUGCCGCUGCUGGAAUGGCCGUCUACCUCGAGUUUGGCACCGCAUUGCCUCGUAACGGAGGGGAGAAGAACUACCUCGAAUACGUAUAUCGAAAACCGCGGUUUCUUGUGACCGGUCUGUAUGCUGGCUACGUGAUUCUCCUGGGUUGGGCGGGUUCAAACUCCGUCGUCUUUGGUGAAUACAUUCUACACGCCGCGCAGAUUGAGGUCAACCGAUGGAACCAGCGUGGAGUUGGUCUGGCGUGCAUCACAGCCGCAUUUCUCAUCCACGGCCUGGCGCUAAAAUGGGGUCUCCGGCUACAAAAUUUCCUGGGCGUGGUCAAGCUGUUGACCAUUCUCCUCAUUGUGGUCUCUGGCUUUGCCGCCCUAGGCGGCGUGCUACGGAUCGAGAAACCUGACAACUUCAGCAAUGCCUUCGAGGGCACCACUGGAAGUACGUACGGGGUGGUCACCGCCCUAUACAGCACUAUCUGGAGUUACAUUGGGUACAGCAACGCGAACUACGCCUUGAGUGAAACGAAAAAUCCAGUGAGAACGCUGAAGAUCGCGGGUCCGCUAGCCUUGGGUACCGUCGCGGCUCUGUAUAUGCUGGCGAAUAUCGCCUAUUUCGCCGCUGUUCCCAAGGAAGAGAUCGUUUCGUCGGGGCGAAUCCUUGCGGCCUCGUUUUUCCGCAACAUGUUCGGAGACAAAGCAGAAAGAGCUUUAUCCGUUCUCGUCGCGCUGUCUGCCUUUGGCAACACCCUCAGCGUCAUAUUUUCUCAGGGUCGUUUGGUACAGGAGCUGGGUCGCGAGGGUAUCCUGCCAUUCUCGAAAUUCUGGGCAAGUAACAGGCCUAGAAAUGCUCCCCUGGCUGGCCUAUUCGCACACUGGCUGGUCUCCGUCAUAAUAAUGCUCGCACCACCUCCCGGCGAUGCAUAUAAUUUUAUUCUCAAUGUGAUAUCCUACCCACUUGCCGUCGUCAACGUCUUCGUGGCUGGCGCCCUCAUUCACCUCUACCUUCACCGCGAAAGCUUCCAGUGGAGACCUCCGUUUAGCGCUACGCUGCCCGUCGCUGUAUUUUUCCUCUUGAGUAACAUUUAUCUCACUAUUGCCCCAUUCGUGCCUCCAACCGACGGCCAGAAUGUGUACAAGAGCCUCCCAUACUACCUCCAUUGCAUCGUUGGCAUCGCAAUCAUCGCUGCUGGAGGUUUAUACUGGCUAGUAUGGGCCAAGCUUCUUCCAUGGCUCCAGGGCUAUACUCUUGAGUGUGAGGUCAUUACUCAAGAAGAUGGAUGGUCGAGACGGAGAUUUUACCACAAGCACUAA